UCACGCCGUUCGUGCUGUCACCCCGGUUGCGAGAGUUGCCAGUUGGCCGCUCGUAUCUCAGCCGUUGCUCGUGACUUGACUAUUUUUGAAUAGCGACGCACACCAGAUAUUAGUACGAAGGACAUUGCAACGCUUACGAGUCUGAGGUCCACCAUGGCCGAACUAUCCAGUUGUGUAGAAAUGUUGCUGGAAAACGAUCAAGAGUUGUUGGAAGCAGCGAUAGAAACAUUGCUCAAGAUUGCUGGCAAUAUUCUGAGGGAGCCCUCUAAUGAAAAGUUUCGAAGUGUGAAUCUGAGCAGCAACGUGGUUGAAAGAAAGCUAAUUCCUGCUGUUGGUGCCUUAGAGAUUUUGUUUUUGAUGGGAUUUGAAGAGGGGGACGAUAAACUAGUUUUGCCCAAAGAUGAUUCCUUGGAGAGAGUCCGUCAGUAUCAGAGAGAACUUCUGAGUCUAAGGGAGAAUAAAAUGAGAAAAAAACAACCUGCAGUAAAAGCAGACCCUAUUCAACCAAUUGUUGCUCUAACACCAGAGGUGCAGGAAAUGGAGUCGGCUUUCAAAUCCCAACUAGCGCAUGAGUUUGAGAGGGUACUUAUUUAUGAGAGCCCAGCAUUGCAAGAAAAAGCCCGUCAAGUUCUGCCCAUACAAGAGAUGCAUGAACACGCCAGAAAGAAUUUAUCAACAGUUAACAAUGCUGUUGGCAAAGGUGAAAAGCCUUUGGAUUUUCAGGACUGUGUGUUAGUGGAACUUCUGAAAUGGUUUAAAAAUGAUUUCUUCAAUUGGUUUGAUGCCCCAAGUUGUCCACAGUGUCAGUCAAACAUGAAUGCCACAGGAUCAUUGCCACCCACAGAUGAAGACCUAAAAUGGAAUGGAAAUCGGGUCGAAGGUUAUUCAUGUCAGGUAUGUGGCACAACUGAUCGUUUUGUGCGAUACAAUCAUCCAGCCAAACUUUUGGAGACCAGACAAGGACGAUGUGGAGAGUGGGCCAACUGUUUCACUUUAUUCUGUCGUACAUUAGGAAUGGAUGCAAGAUAUGUGCAUGAUCACACAGAUCAUGUGUGGACUGAGGUUUACUCUCAGUCACAGGGUCGUUGGUUGCAUGCUGACUCUUGUGAGAAUAAAAUGGAUACGCCCCUAAUGUACGAACGUGGAUGGGGGAAGAAGCUCAAUUAUAUUAUAGCAUAUUCCAAAGAUGAAUUGGUUGAUGUUACUUGGAGAUAUACAGCUAACCAGAAGGAAGUUCUCAAAAGAAGAAAAAAGUGUAGAGAAUCAUGGCUCGUGUCUACAAUCUUGGAAAUGAAUAAGCAGCGUCAGGCAGCAUUUCCAGAACCAAAGAGAAAUUUUUUGGAACAGCGCCUGGUAGCAGAAAUAGCAGAAUUCUUUAGGGCUGAAAAACACUAUAAAGAGACUGAGAAUGAGGGACGCAAUUCUGGCUCCCUUGCAUGGCGUUUAGCAAGAGGAGAAAAGCAGUAUGGAAGUUCACAAAGCUACAUGUUCAAACUCACAGAAAAAGAAGUGAAUAAGAAAGAGUUCCUAGUUAAAUACUCUCCUGCAAGGGAUGAGUAUAUAAGGGUCUCUUCAGAUGGAGAAAUUCAAAAAGGAUGGCAGACUGGAGUUAAAGAAGUUAAAGAUGUCUUCAGGAAGCAUGAAACUGACUGGAAGACAGUAUAUUUAGCAAGAUGUGAAGGGACAAGUUUUGGUGAGAUCAGUUGGCAGGUUGAUUGGUCUGAGACUGGGCUGACCUGCAAGUCAAUACUAAUAGUUUUCCAACAUUCUACAUUUGAAAAUGGAUCAGUAUCCUGGCAAUUGUGUACAGGAGAUAAAUGCUACAUGGGAAACAAAGAUGGAGUUUUGGAGCUCAAAGGGGAAGAUUUAAAUGACAGUCCAGUGCAACUUGAGCUGUCUGCUAAACUUGCAGAUGGUAAUGGUGACUGUGCCUGGCAACAUGCUCAGCUUUUCCGUCAGUUAGAUUCUGCAACAGAACAGUUCCCUCUUCUUAUACAUAUUAAUUUUUUGUGAAUUGUAAUUAAUAUCAGAAUUAAUAACUUCCCUGAUAACACCUUGGCUAUAUUUUUUUAUUACAUUUGUAAAAGUUAUUAAGCAAAAUACGGUUUGGAUUAAGCUUACUGUAAAUUUUGUGGUUUAAUUUGUGGUGAUCACUAUAUAGGUAUUAUUAUUUAAAAUUCUAUAUAUGCAGUAGCAUCUUUGAAACUCUUUCACAAGGAGUUAGCAUAUUCCUUUUUCUUUCUUUCUAUCUUUCUUUUUUCUUUUAUUUAUUAAUUUUUAUUGUUAUCAUCAUCAUCAUCAUUAUUGCAUGUUCCUUCCUGAAAGUUUUCAUAUUUAUUGAUUGAAAACAUAUACUGCAAUACAAAGAUUUUUUUAUAUAUAUAUAUGUAAGAAACGUUUACAGUUUAAUGUAUUUAAUAGCUAAUUGAUUGAUUAAUUGCUAGCUAAUGUAUCAAUUAAUGUUAUCUCUCAUAAACUUUAUAUAUUUCUUAAUGAAAUUUGAUGCUAAUCAUUGAUCUUGUUAUUAAUAUAUAUAUUUAAGUAUUUGUAUGUUUUGAUCAAAUUGUGUAAGGUGAAAAGGUAUAGAUUCAACAAUAAAUUAAGGUUUAUGAUAUGGGAAAUUUUGAUAUUCUUAAAUGCAAUAUUUGUUCUAUAUUUUCUUCUUUUUCUUUUUUUCAAGAUAAUAAAGUGGCAGGUUAAGUCUAGACAAGAUACGUUAACAUAUUCAAACUGUCAAUUUUUCAAGUGGGAGAAAAUGCCUGUUGAAAAAAAAAAAAA